CAUACCAGAGAUUAUUGGGUAAGGUUCAAACCAGAAGUACAAAAUUAUGGACAAAUAAAAGAGAUAUUUGAUCACAAGAAACCUUUUACAAUGUUGACCAUUGCUUUUGUUGAGGGUCUUAGAUCGCAUAUCAAAAAUUGGUUGACCAUUAAUGAUCUACUGUGGCGCACACAAGUCCCAGAGGAUUUGACAACCUUAGCAGUACACCAUGAAGAUAACUUGGUGUUCAAUAAAGUUAGAAACAAGUUAAAGUUGCUGAAGUCACUGGUAAUAUGGCUGGGUGGGCAACAGAAAGGUACCACCCCUAGACAUAGACCGUUUCAGCGUGAAACAGGCAGGUGUCCAGUCUGAUCAACUGGAUACUUGCGCUGUCGAGCUGAAAUUGUUUGUUAAUUCUGUAGAAACCAACUGCAGAUAAUACGUUGUUAAUUUGACCUGCAGACCGUGCUGGGCAGGACAGUUCCAGAGAAGAAUAAAAUAUAUUAGUUUUUAAUUAAGGCAUAUAAUGUAAUUUCACCUCAUAUUGUAUAGCAAACCAUGCUAACAGAAAUCCCUGCAAAGCAAAAUAAUAAUAACAGCAGCUCUACUAACUUGUCAGAAAACUCGGCAUGACACUGUGGCACGCUUACCAGAAUGGGAACUGGUCCUCAUUAUUUCUACCACCAUUACCCUGGUCAAAUGUAAUAUUUUGAAGUCUGCUACUUUACAAAUGGUUAAUGAAACUGAUGGGUUUCAGAGAGAGGAAUGGAGGGAGGAAAGUGUAACCCCUCGUGCUUGCUUAACAUACCCUGACUAAGCUGAUAAUAACUGCCAAGGUAGCAGCACGAAAAUAAAUUGUAAUAAAAAUGUUUACAUGUUUACUAAAGAUAUAUGUAUACUAAAUGAACAAACAUUAAUCAAAAUGCAAAAAGCUUGUUAUUUACAGGAAAGGACUAAAGAGGGAAAAUGCAAUGAAGGCUUGUGGCACAGCUCUGAAGGUAAAACUGUUGCCCCAAAAUCACUCUUGCCAGCAUUGGCACAGAUGUCCCAUGGACUGACCCAUGCAGAGGAAUGCUGGAAGAACAGUUAAGACUAUACCUUCACAUCUUCCCCAGACAACUGGUCCUUUCCAAGUUAUACAAAUUGAUGUCAUUCAGCUUCCAAAGGUUAGGAUGUUUUAGCAUAUAUUGGUUUGUGUAGACAGGUUCAGUGGCUAGGUAGAGCAUCAAGUCCAGCACAGAAAUUGGUACAGGAAUUUAUAGGUAUACCAUAUGUGAUAUGGUAUAGCAUAUGUGAUAUAAUCUAACCAAGGCAUACAUUUUAUGGGACUAGUGUUUAAAAAGAUGUGCCAACCAGCAGCAAAAUUGAACAUUGCAACGGGACUAUUAAAAAUAAGCUGGCCAAAAUAUGUAAAGAAACCAGCUUGCAGUGGCCAGAAACUUUGCCAUUAGUGUUGCACUCGAUCAGAACAACACCAAGGGGGGAGUUGAACAUUUCUCCGUAUGAAAUACUGUUUGGAAAAUUGCCCAAUGUUGCUAUUGCACCCGCAUAUGAACUCAGUAAAACAAAUGAUUUAACUGUGAACUAUCUUAUUUCAUUAAGCAACCAGCUAAAGAAGAUCCAAGCUACUGUGACCAGCACACAACCAAUCCAUGUGAAAGGUGCUUGUCAUAAUCUACAUCCUGGUGAUGAGGUGAUGGUCAGAAAUUUCCUGAGAUCGGGCUCGCUGACAGACCGGUGGGAAGGACCUUACCAAGUCUUGUUGACAACCCCAACUGCUGUUAAGAUAAAGGAGAAGACUUCGUGGAUCCACUCCACCCACUGCAGAAAAGUCACGCCUCCUGAGACAGCACAUGUGGAAAAUAUUCUCCAAGACUCCUCUGCACUUCACCAGUAAAACCAGCAAGUGAGUGGUUCGGGCAUAAUAAUCCCUUGAGCCACUUGCCAACGCAGUAUCUCUGUGGAGGGUACAUAACUCCUAGAAGAGUACUGUGAAGAUCAAAGGACAACAAAGACAAUGCUAAACAGGAUGAUGCUGAUAGGCCAAAGGCCAGACCGUGGACUAUGGGGGUGCAUUCUCUCAUGGGCAUGUCUGAUUACAAUCAUACUCAUUGUGCUUGAGUGUUGUAUAUACAUUCCAGGGUCUGUUAACAAUGUGACCAGUCAAACAGGUAAUGUAACAUCUUACAAUGAAGCGUUAUUCAAGACACGUGUGUGUAGGGCCUUACAAAAAAAUUAUUAUGGAGGAGAAUUUACAGGUAAUUCCAUGAUAGCAAUGCACAGUAAAAUGGCAAAGGCUCUCAACACAAGCAAAUGUUGGAUUUGUACUCACCUACCCAUCAGUGUAGAGGCAGGCAUACCCCUCCUGGCUCAUUACAUAAGCACAGCUGACAUGAUAGACAGAGAUUGGUCCUGCCAUAGACGAAAGAAUGGUAGUCACAUUUGUGCCAAUAACAUGCCUAAAGUACAGAAUAUAGUAGACUUCCCAUAUUUGAAUGUUUCAAGCAGAGGUCUGCUGCAUUCACCUGCUCUACAAGUAACCGCAGCCACAGGGAGGCCUGAAUUUUGUUUAAGUGUCAAUUCAAAGCCAGGCAACUACAAGUUAAAAAGAAAGAAAACUAUAUUCAGGGCAAAAAGACAAAACCUGGGAUAUACUAACUGUACUGGAGCCACAUUUGUAGUUCAAAGUUCAAAAAAGUGUACACUAAAAACCCUCAAAACCUGUUGGCAUUCCAUAGAUGCAAAUGGGGCAUUAACACCUAACGAUACUUUAUACCAACUACAGAAAAAGGUGUACACUUGAUAACAGCACAUGUGGAGAUGCCAAUGGUAAUAACACAGGGUACUUUAUGAUAUAUAUAGGACUCAUUUACACUAAAGUACUUGGAAUGCCUCUGCCUAAGGGUAUGUAUUGGGUUUGUGGAAAAUGGGCAUACUCAUGGAUUCCCUUAGGUGCUAAAGGACAAUGUGUACUCUCCUCAGUAUUCCUAUAGAGAAUGACUUGGUGCCAAGUGACCUGACAUAUUUAAGACAUCUCAGUAAAAGAGAAGUGAAAAAAAAAGGAUAUGUAUCUUUCAGAUUUUCUGAUGGUGAACGUACGGCUGGAACUUUGUUUCCUCUGUCCACUAUCUAUUUGGUGGAAAAAGCUGUGUCCCAAACCUUAACGGUACUAGAUCAGAUGGUAGGGGAAUUGGUAGUUUCAAUCAAUCAGACAGUGGAAGAGCUGGCUCAAGUAAGAAAAGUGGCUUUACAAAAUAGGAUGGCACUGGAUCAGCUGUUGGCAGCAGAAGGGGGCACGUGUGCAGUGGUAGGACAAGAAUGUUGUACUUAUAUUGAAGAUCACAGAGCUGAAAUAAGUGCUCAUCUGAGCAAGGUGGGAGAGUUGCAGCAGGAAAUGAUAAGGUUAGGUGCUAGUGAAGGUUGGGAUCCACUUGGAUGGCUAGGAGGAAAUAUUGCAAAGCUUUUUUCUGGAGUAUUGCAGUACAUUGUGUUUGCUGCACUGAUUGUAGGAAUCAUAUAUCUUACCAUCAAGUGUGGACCAGUAGUCUGUGUACAAUGUGGUAAAGGAUUUAAAAGGUUGAAAGUGCACCAUAAAAUGACCAUUGUGGUGGUAGAUGAUGAGGUUCCACUAGAACAGGUGACUCAGGGAACAAGUCAGGGGCAGCAGGAAAGACAGGUGGUAUAUGCUGACAUGAGCAAAUCUUAUGAAAGUUUACAACUCCAGGAAGCUGAGCCCAUAUACCAGGCUUUAGAGGAGGAUCAGGCAGGUAGGGAAAGUACACAGCUUGUUAAUUUUACUUAUGGACUGGAUAACAGGGUAGAAAUGAAUCAGGAUGAGUAUGUUAGACAUGAAAUACAAGCGAGUUUCACCUAACUGUGUCAACACCCUCUUAGCCAACACCAGAAGGUUCCUAUAAAAAGAACAGGGAUUCCCGUCCAGUGCGGUGAGCAUUGGCGCCAGGCCCAUCCCCGUGAACCUACCUUUUUCCUAUGUUGUGCGUCUACCUAACCCUCAUUAAAAAUUGUGAAAUUGAACCUUCUGAUUUGUGUAUUAGAGUGCCAAGUAUAUUGGCAGAGAGAGGAAUGAUAUAGAUAAGUGAAUACACAAAAUGGAAGCUGGAUGUCAGUUUGUCUAUUGCUUAAAAGAAACUGUUGCUUUAAAUGAGAUUCUUAUAUGUUUGCAGAAACUUUGAUUUUAGUAGCAAUUAAGGAAGUUAGUCUAGCUUUACAGUAUUUCAUAGACUGUGGUUAGCUAGUAUCCUAUAGAAAAGGGAAGUCGAAAGUAUGUUGAAGGUAAAAGUAUAUUUUUAAUGUAACAGUCAUAAUCACAAGAUGCUGAGCUAAUUAAUUGGAAAUCCCCCAUAAGGGGAGUUUAUAAAUUAUAAUAUAUUCUGAUAUUUGAAAUGUAAUUGGUCUAUGUAUA